UUUUGAAUUAUAGCGGCAGUAUGGCGGAGCUUAGAAACAGUGAACUGUUGUUAUUAUUGACGUUUCGAGGCGGAGUACACUUUGUUACUUUCUCAACAUCAAAACGGAAGUAAACGGGAAGAAGAAAGGACCGCUAGUUUUAAUCCUUAAACAAAAUAACUUUUAAUUUACAAAACGACUGUUUAAUGACAGGAUAUCAACACUUGCAGGUCAGUUUUAGGCUAUUUGUUUACGUAAAUAUGUAUUUUUAAGUCUUAUGACAUGUUGUUCACCUCCGUGCACUCGUUAUUAUAAAACAAUGGAGACAUUUGUGGACUGAAGUAUAUGUUGGACAAUCUUAAAACAAUUUUAGUCAAAAGUGUUGCGUUUGGACCCGUAAUAUUAUGGAUGGAUCAAAAGAAGGAGAAAACACAUCAUCUUUUAAUAAAACAAAAGAAGUGAACAGGACUUAUGUGAUCUCAGCACUCACAAAAUGUGGAGAAAACACAUUUAAAACACCAUCUUCCAGUGCCAGACUCACUCUUCAGAGAAAACCCAGCAAACCCCAUGUAAACCACCAUGAAGAAACCACACAAGAGAACCAAAGAGAAGAGAAACGCCUGACCCUUCAGCGCAGGACUAGAACAGGGUCCAUGAACAGAACCAAAGUCCUGACCGAACCCAAUCCAGCACCAUCUCCAGCAAAAAAGUCCCAUGAAACCAUUAAAACACCUGGGACAACCUCAUGGCGUGCUCAGAAAACAAGUUCUGAGAAGGUCAGUGCCACCCAUGAUGAGGGUAAAACCAUUUCGACACCUACAAGAAGAACCCAGUUUGAGAAAUUAAGUGUCAAGAGAGACGUCUUUGAGAGGUUAGCUGGUAAAGAUGCAUCUAGACCCACAACUACUGGAAGACAGAAGCCACCACAGAUGAGCACUGAAACCGGUGGAGCAACCAAUGAGAAGGUUCUGAUUGGUGUUUUAAAUAGGCACAUGACUCCAGCAUCACAUUCAGCACAGGUGAGGAGACCCACAACACUAAUGAGCUCCACAGCUCAUGGAGGAACAAGAGUUUCUAGAGCCACUGCUGCUGCUGAAGGAAAUAUUCCUCUUGAAGCUGUGAGCAGAACAAGUGCUCGACAACCUCAAGAACUGAAGAUGGAGAACAGUACGGUCACUGUGGCAGUUCGAGUAAGACCUUUCAGUUCAAGGGAGAAGAAUGAGAAAGCCCGUCAGGUGAUCUUCAUGGACAGCCAAGAAACUUUAGUGCAACAUCCAGAUACUAAACAAAACUACACAUUUAGCUUUGACUUCUCUUUUUGCUCUAUCGAUGAAUCGGAUGCAAGUUUUGCAAGUCAGCAGAUGGUUUAUGAAACCCUGGCUCGGCCCUUGCUUGAAAGAGCAUUUGAGGGAUUCAACACGUGUCUUUUUGCCUACGGCCAAACAGGGUCUGGAAAGUCCUACACUAUGAUGGGUUUUGGUGAAGAGGCUGGAGUUAUUCCCAGAUUCUGCGAGGAACUUUUCUCAAGAUUGUCCAGAACUGAAACCAAAGAGAUCUCUUGCCAUCUGGAGAUGAGCUAUUUUGAGGUGUACAAUGAGAAAAUCCAUGAUUUGCUGGUGGCAAAGGAUGGACAAAACCAGAAGAAAAUGCCUUUGCGUGUCAGAGAACAUCCUGUUUACGGGCCUUAUGUUGCAGACCUAUCCACGAAUGUAGUCACAUCCUAUGCUGAUAUUCAGACUUGGCUUGAACUCGGUAACAAACAGAGAGCCACGGCCGCCACCGGCAUGAACGAUAAAAGCUCCAGAUCGCACUCUGUUUUCACUCUGGUCAUGACGCAAACUAAAACUGAGUUUGUGGAGGAAGAGGAGCACGAUCACUACAUCACCAGCCGGAUAAACCUGGUGGAUUUGGCAGGAAGUGAGCGGUGUAAUUCAGCCCAGACCAGUGGAGACCGGCUCAGGGAGGGAGCAAGUAUCAACAAGUCUCUGCUCACGCUGGGAAAGGUGAUCUCAUCGCUCUCAGAACAGGCUCAGAGCAGAAAGAAAGUCUUCACCCCAUACAGAGAGUCAGUGCUCACAUGGUUACUCAAGGAAAGCCUCGGUGGGAACUCCAAGACGGCCAUGAUCGCCACCCUGAGCCCUGCGGCCAGUAACAUGGAGGAGAGCCUGAGCACGCUGCGUUACGCCCAGCAGGCCCGCAUGAUCAUUAACAUAGCCAAAGUCAACGAGGACACCAACGCCAAACUGAUCCGAGAGCUGAAAGCAGAGGUGGAGAAGCUCCGUGCGGCUCAGAUGAGCGCUCAGGGCAUCCAGCCAGAUAAAAUGAGACUGUUUCAGCAAGAGAUUGCCACUCUUAAGACUAAACUCUGUCAACAGGAGCACGAAAUGGCUGAGGCUCACAGAACAUGGAAGGAAAAGCUGGAAGAGGCAGAGAGGAGGAAGCGUGAGGAAACCAAAGAGCUGCAGCGCUCUGGCGUCACCUUUAAAGUGGAUAAUCGGCUGCCUAACCUUGUGAACCUGAAUGAGGAUCCGCAGCUGUCGGAGAUGCUGCUGUACAUGAUUAAAGAGGGCGAGACCAAGGUCGGCAAGCUCAAGUCUGAGUCGGCCCACGACAUCCAGCUGUCUGGAGCUCUCAUCGCUGAUGAACACUGUGUCAUCUCCAGUGUGAAAGGUUCCGUAAGCAUUAAACCAAUGCCGAACGCCAAGACCUUUUUGAAUGGAAAUCUUGUGUCUGAGGUCACCGUUCUCCACCACGGAGACCGUGUGAUUCUUGGAGGAGAUCACUACUUUCGGUUCAACCACCCCGCUGAGGUUCAGAGCGGGAAGCGCGCGUCCUGUUGGAGCAGCGGAGAUGGUCAAAAAGACUUUGAGUUUGCCAAAAACGAACUGCUAUCGGCCCAGAGAGCUCAACUUGAAGCGGAGAUUGAGGAGGCUCGGUUGAAGGCCAAAGAGGAGAUGAUGCAGGGCAUUCAGGUGGCCAAAGAGAUGGCACAGAAAGAGCUGAGCGAACAGAAGGGUCUGUACGAGAGCAGGAUCAGAGCUCUGGAGAGAGAGCUGGAGGAGGAGAGCGAGAGGAAAAGAGAACAGGAGCUGGAUAAAAAGAGGGUCGUCAGCCAGAUAGAGCAACUGCAUACAGCAAAGACUCUACUAGAGCACGAAGUCAACAGCCAUAAAAGACGUCUGCAGAUGGAGGCCCAGGCUACUAGACAGGCGAUGGCCGAUCAUGAUGUCCGGCAAACUAAAAUUGUGGAGGCCCUCGAGGCAGAGAAGAAAAAGCUUGCAGAAGAUUUUGCCCAGAUUGCGAGGAAACGUGCUCUUAAAGUGACCCAGACCCCUAAAACAGCCUACCCACAGUGGGACUCAAUGAAGCUGUCUUUGAUGAUCGAAGAAGCAAACAAAAUCAGUGCCAAACUCAGGAAACGCACAGUCUUCAGCAGACAUGAGACCGAUAAAGAGAACGAGGGUGGAGACGCCCAACUGCAGGUCCAAGUUCAGAACAUCAAACUGGGAAUUUCCACCUUCUGGAGUCUGGAGAAGUUCCAUAGCAACUUGGCUGCCAUGAGGGAGCUGGAGCAGGGGGAGAGCGCCUCUAAAGAUGACGACGUGUUUUACGACCCUAAUGAUGAGUGGGAACAGGACCUAUCUGCCUCUUCCUUAACCUCAUCUUUCUCUCGCAGGAGGAGUAGAAGUUUGCUAAAGGGCAGGAGGAUAUCUGGGCGUCUCUAUGAGAUCCGAGUGCACCCUAUUCAAAGCCUACAUUGUGGUCCCUCACAGUCCACUGGGCUGAUGAACAAGCCGCCCUCCCUGCACUCUACCACGUCUGACUCCGCCCUCCCAGGCAUCUGCAAAGAUCUGAUUGGCUCUGCCGUCUCACGUCUGCGCUCCUGUCAGUCUGCCGAAGAGAACGAAAGCUUGGCCGACAAACUGACCCUAGACCUGCUGGCGGUUCACAGCGCCGUGAGGUCCAUCGCGGACCUUUACGAGCACCUUGACGACGACAGUCAGGAGAACCUGUUUGCCUGCAGUGCUGAAGCCCAGACUCAUCUGGUGAAGGCCACCUCCGCUGUUGAAAGGGCCGUGUUCAUUACGAUGCACUGGGUCUCCAGCAUUAAGCCCAGCUCUAACACAGUGUCUCAGAGAGCCGAGGAGCUCAAGACGGAGGUCAAGAAAAUCGGUGGCUACCUUCAAUUACUCAUUCAGGGUUGUGACUCUGAGAUCUCCUCCAUGGUAACAGAGGCCCAGAGGAAGGUUGCUGAUUGUAUGAACGUGGCUCUCAAAACUAUCGGUUUGCUGGCGGCAAUGAAUGGGACUGAUCUUCAUUUGUCUGAACUUGGUUCAGAGGACAUAAACAAUAGGUCAGUUGUGGAUUCUUUGCAGGAUGGGAUGCAUCAAAGUGUGACAGAUCUUCUCUUCAUGGGUCUGAGAAUCUCUUCUGAGAUGGUUCAAGACACUCAGAUGAGUCGCGCUGGAACACCGAUUCAGCAGUCCGCCAUAUAUGAUGUCGCCCACACUCUGAAAAGCUACUUCGAUUGCUGUUUGUCGGAGAGGUCAGGUUCCACUGAGAAUCGUUCAGAGGAAGAUGAAGGCUCAGACUUGUGUGAUGUUCAUAGCACCACCGUUAAACUCCUCAAGCUGAACAAGGCGAUCAAAGACCUCCACUCGUCUCUGUCGCGCUAUCUGAGAGGGAGUGGCGAUGCUGCCCUUAGUCAAUCUAUACUGUCUUCAUCCAAGACGAUUGAUGAUGUCAUCAAUGGCCUUCAGUGUGAAAUGGACGGAAGACGUUCCGGCUGUCUUCAGCUUCCGUGUGUGAAGAACGUCAUGGUUGCCCGUGAUAAAGUGCACUCUGCGCUGCAGGCUUUGCCAGAGGUGUUUGAUAAAUGCACAGACGGAAUACAGAGGCUGGGCACAGAUAGAAACUUUGUUCAACAAUGUUAUCUAAAUGGCAACUCAAAUCGGACCGUGCCUAAAGUUGUGUAUUCUCUUUCCUCAGGUAUUAGCACAUGUUCCAGGGAUGCCCGCUGGGUGUGAUUUGGAUUUAAGGGGUACUAGUCAUGUAUAUAACCAAAUUGGCUAUAAUUGUUACUGCUAAAAUUGGCUCACUUUUCAUUUUGAUGUAUUUACAGUAUGCACUCAUUCAGGCCUACAAUAAUUUGUAUUUAAUUGUAGGAAUUUAAUGAAGGGCUUAAUAGUAUAACCUUAAAAAGAUGGGUUUCUGUGUAUUUUGCAAGUGAUCAAGCACAUAAGUCUUUAAUAACUUGUGCACUUCUGGAUAUAUUUUUGCACUUGAAACAUUUGCACAGGCUUGGUAAUGCUGGUGUUUCACAAUUUCAUUCGCAUGGAGUUUUUUUUAGCAUUUGUAGCAGCAUUUACUUUGGAUCAUGUAAUUGUUUCACACUAAUUUAUACUUUCAUUAAUAAACACUCACUUGGACAAUAAGUCUGGUGUCCUAUUUAAACAUA